AAACCAUUUAUCUUUCUUUGCAUAUUGGGUGUGGGCAAUUAUCUACAGUGCUUCUGAACCUCUGCCCAAUGCAGGCAGCAGAAGUGCGACGAACAGAGACAGUUUCUGGAGGCCAAGGCAGAUGAAAGGGGACAAAAACCUGAUUUAUUGAACACUAAUUUUUCAGUUGGACUCUGGCUCCCGAAGGAGAUGGAAGUGCUGAAUCCACGCAGUGUCCUGGUGACGGGAUCUAAUCGGGGCAUCGGCCUGGAGCUGGUGAAGCAACUGGUGGGGAAAAGCGACCCACCAGAAUGGAUCUUUGCCACUUGCCGUGACCCAGAGGGACCUCGUGCGAAGAGUUUGAAGAAUCAGGCUGCUCAGCACCAGCACCGAAUACAAAUCAUCCAGCUUGACACUUCUGAUCCAUCCAGCAUCAAAGCUGCCGCAGCCAAAAUUACCGAAUGUCUACAUGGAGCGGGUUUGAAUCUGUUGUUCAACAAUGCUGCAAUAGUAAAGCCGUCCAGUCUGGAAUCAGAGACACCGGAAAACAUGUUAGAGGUGUACAAUACCAAUGUGGUUGGUCCUAUGGUAAUGGGCCAGGUCUUCCUACCUUUGCUGAGGAAGGCAUCCAAGGAGAGUCACCUGAAAGGCAUGAGCUGCAGCAAAGCUGCAAUCGUUAAUGUAUCCAGUGAAUGCGGCUCCAUCACUAACAUUCUGGCAUGGGAUAGUGGGCAAAUCCCCAACUACCGUUGCAGCAAGGCUGCUUUAAACAUGCUCAACCGAUGCCAGUCCCUGCAAUAUGCCCAAGACGAGAUCCUCUGUGUUACAAUGCACCCUGGAUGGUUGCAGACAGAUAUGGGAACUGUAAGCGAAACAUUGAGAGCCCCAACUACAGUUGAGGAUGGUGUACAAGAAAUUCUCAAAACCCUGGCAGCCCUCUCUGAGAAAGAAACUGGCACAUUUGUGAACUGGGAUGGAAAACCCCUCCCUUGGUAACCCAGCAACUUUCAACCAGCCUGCCUUUUAAGAAGAAGACCUGGGGAACCCUGAAGACUGACCACAAUAAACGUUUUGAUUUGUAACUUACCUUUAAAAAAAACCUUAAAACCUUGGCUCUGCUAACUGGUUUUGGGCCCUGAUGUGGGGUCUUUAAAGCUGGAGGAGUAAGAGACAAGACCCCCACCUCGUAUACCUGGUUAUUCGUUUUAUAUAAUACCUGUUACAUGUUAAUGUUUUUAUAUUUCUGCUUUCAUUAUAUUUCAAGCUGUCCCAGAGUCAUUUUGGAUAGUGAGGUGGGUGGCGUUUACAGGUAGUCCUCGACUUACAACAGUCCAUUUAGUGACCGUUUAAAGUCCCUACAGGACUUAACGACCGUUUUUCACACUUACCAUUGCAACAUCCCCAUUGUCAGGAGUGCCUCCUUUCAAUACUCAAGAAAGAAAACCGCCAACUCCAUUGUUUGUAGAGAAAGUUACUGAGUAAGAACGGAAAGCAAACAAAAUGAAAGCAAGCUCUGAGGUAUUUGGUGCGGAAUUCACAUGUAAGAAAUAUGCCCCAAGCCCUCCUCCCUGUAGUCCGAUCAGUCUUGUCCAAUCUAUGUUCCCCCUAGGUAGCACGUGGGGUGCAUCUUCAGAUAGUUCCAUCCCUCUGGUAUGUUCGGGCCGUUAACCUUGACUGUUAUCAGCCUGCUUUCAAACUGCCGAACAUGUUUGAAGAAAACUCUCCAUUUCUCCUCCAGCACUCCUUCCCCCCCCCCCCCGUUACCAUGACAGCCGUAGCAAGCAGAGUAGUAAAUGCAUCAAUCAGGAGACAGACUACCCAGAGCAAUAAAACAAUAAACUUGUAGCAAGCGGAGGCUGACACUCAUUGUCAUGUGAUCGAAUUCAGGUGCUUGGCAACUGACUCGUAUUUACGAUGGUUGCAUUCUCCUGGGGUCCUAUGUUCCCCUUUUGUGAUCUUCUGACAAGCAAAGUCAAGGGGGAGGUCAGUGUUUUGUCUCUUUGGAGUAAUGAGCUGGCCUACAGCCAGUGGGUUCACGGCUCCUAUCAGUCCUGGCCGAGAAAACGCAGCUGCCUGCCAAAAAGUUCAAACAGAUUAAGACUUCAGCUCACUUCGACACGGUUCAGCUAAUUUGCUUCCCGUGGAACUGAGAGCAGUCCCAAAGCUUCUUAUAUACCCUUUGAUGAUGCUGCCUCUCUAAUCUUCUGAAGCGCGGGUCGAUCCAGGCUUGAUUAGUAUGAUUAUCAGCUGCGUCUGAAGGCGUAGCCUGAGGAAGGGAGGAAUCAGGGGAUGUCAGCCUCACUACGUCCUCCAACUGGCCUGGUUCUGGCUCCUGGAGCUGGGCCAAAGGAAUCGGUGCUUCUGAGGUAAGCCUUACCGGCCCUUCCCCCUCACUCUCGGAGUCACUGUCGGGCAUGGGGCCAGGUUUGGGGGCUGGAGCCACAACAUAGCAGUUCCGAAGCAUGCAAAUGUGAGUAGAUAAAUAGGCACCACUUCAUUGGGAACAUAACAAUGUUCCGUGCACCUUUAGCAUAUAGCCAUGCUGGCUACGUGACCACGGAUAUUGUCUUCGGACCACACUGGCUCCUUCGGCCAGGAAACGGAGAUGAGCAUCACACCUUAGGGUCGGAAACAACUGGACACAAGAAGGCUUUACUUCUGGUGGUGGUUUGUUCUCCGAGCUUGUUGUUUAGUUUCCGAAAGUUUUGUCACAAGGCUAGGUAACAUCAUGAGUGAAAUCUGGUCAUCCGGUGGUAGAGUUACCCUGGCUGGAAAUCAUGUGGAUUGGUUGGUGGUUGACGCCGUCGUUAGUUGGUUUGGCUACCUACCACGCGAGCUACCUACCACUCCUCUGAAUACAACAAAAUACCUUAUGCCACCAGACUUGAAAUCUUGGGUUUAGAAAACUUAGAACUCCACCACCUUUGACAGGACCUGUGUUUAACUCAUAGAAUCAUCUAUUGCAAUGUCCUUCCUGUUGAAGAUUACUUCAGCUUCAAUCACAACAAUACAAGAGCAAACAAUAGAUUUAAACUUAAUGUGAACUGCUUCAAUCUUGAUUGCAGAAAAUAUGACAGAUAUGUAACAGAGUUGUUAAUGCUUGGAACACACUACCUGACUCUCUGGUCUCUUCUCAAAAUCUCCAAAGCUUUAACCAAAAAACUGUCUACUAUUGACCUCACCCCAUUUCUAAGAGGUCUGUAAGGGGAGUGCAUAAGAGCACAAGAGUGCCUACCGUUCCUGUCCUAUUGUUUCCUUUCAUUAUAUCCAAUUAAUAUAGUUAUUACAUACUUAUGCUUAUAUAUAUGGUUAUAUAUUAUAUAGUUACUUUCAUGCUUAUGCUUAUAUAUACUUUGUGACAAAA